UAUGUGUAUAUAUACACUGAAAUCUUGCUUCCGAAGUAAGUUUCCAAUCUCACAAGAACCCUAACCCUAACUCUUACUCUGUUAGUGUUGAAUCAUGGCGAUAAUUUCCGAAUACCAGGAGGAGGAAAGACCUCCGUCUACAUCCACAUUCAAUGGAACUCUCGAUCAUUCGAAUCCGCUGGAGUUUCUGAGGUCGGCGUUCCUGUUUGUUUCUCGGGAAACCGAUUUCUUCAAGAGGGAGGCAGCGGAGAAGGAGGUGGCGAUGCUGGCGAGGGGGAUCAAGGAGGAGGAGAGGAAGAAGAAGGCGGAGGAGAGGGACCUGGAGGAUAAGGGAAAGGCGGAGAAGCGGCUGAAGGAGACUAAGGUGGAGCCUGAGAAGAAGGCGGAGAAGGCGGAGAAGGCGGAGAAGGCGAAAGAGAAGGUGGAGGAUUUGAAGGCAGAGGAGAAGGAGGGAACGCAAGUUCCAAAUAAAGGGAACGGCCUUGAUCUGGAGAAGUAUUCCUGGAUGCAGACACUGCAAGAGGUUACUGUUACUGUGCCAGUCCCUCCUGGAACCAAAUCAAGGUUUAUAGUAUGUGACAUAAAGAAGAAUCAUUUGAAGGUUGGGCUUAAGGGCCACCCUCCAAUAAUUGAUGGAGAACUCUCUAAGCCUAUCAAGCCUGAUGAUUGCUUUUGGAGCUUAGAGGAUCAGAAAUCCGUCUCUAUCCUGUUGACCAAGCAUAACCAAAUGGAGUGGUGGAAAUCUUUGGUGAAAGGCGAUCCUGAAAUUGAUACCCAGAAAGUUGAACCAGAGAACAGCAAGCUGUCUGACCUUGAUCCAGAAACCCGCCAAACUGUGGAAAAGAUGAUGUUUGACCAGAGACAGAAAACUAUGGGACUUCCAACAAGCGACGAGAUGCAGAAACAGGAGAUUCUAAAGAAGUUCAUGGCUGAGCAUCCGGAGAUGGACUUUUCCAGGGCAAAGAUUUCAUAAACAGGUCGAGAGUCGGGUUUGGGUUGAAUGAGUUGGGCUUGGGCUUGGGUUGAAUUGAGUGAGUUAUACAGCUUGUGGGCUAUAGGGAUUAUGGCUUUUUGGGCUUAUGGGCUGGGCCUGGUUGAGUUAUCCCACUCUUUCAGCUUAGAAGAUGGAUUGGACUUAAAGCAAGCUAAGAAGAAUGAGAUAUACCCAGGUUUGUAGGCUUGAUCUCAUAGAGAGUAAUUUUAGUAUUAUCGUUUUAAGCUUAAAUGAUGAAGCAUGAGAAACAAUUUAAAAUUAA